AUGAAGCCAAAUCCGUCGCAACUUGGCCACCCUGAAGACCUCCUUGAGGCGCCUGCAACUGAACCCGGCCAACUGGGAAGACCUGGUCCGAGACGGACUGACCUGGAAGAGGACACUGAAGACUGGCGCAUCACUCUUCGAAACCAAUCGCAUCAACGCCGAGAAGCCCAACCCGAGACAGGCAAAUCUCAAAUGCCGCCGCGCCGCCUCACAACAUCAACGCCCAAUCGCUAUCAACGUGUCCACGAUGUCAACGGACAUUCCGGGCGCCAAAUAGACUUAUUGGAAACCUCUAGACUAACUGCAGCACCCCGACUGCGGCAACCGUCGUCUCUUCGUCCACCUCUUCCUCGCCUCCCACGCUGUCAACUAACGUUGACCGCCCUCCCGAACCACCGUUACGAUCCUUCUCCUCCUUCUCUACCGUCUCAACGCCUGCCAUAGUGGCGUCUGCCAUGCCCAUCAACAAUACACACAAUCCCGUCACACCAACAAACACCAACACCAUCACCUUCAACACCCGUAAUGAGCACCUGGUCUAUACCUGUUCUUAUUGCGAUCACACCUUCAACCUACACAUUGGCCUGGUCGGUCACUUGCGAACCUACCGCACAGAGACUGGCAAACCAGCAUCCGAAACACCACCUACACUCGUCGCAUUCGCCUCCACUGUCCACACUACCCUGACACAUUCACUCACUGAAUGGGCCUAUUCGGCUAAAUGCGUAUUCAUAAGAGCGGAAUUGACCGCGGCCCCGUCACAUCCACCCCACCUCCCGUGCCUAGCCCGGCCCACACCGCCACCCAGCGCGCCCACCGCCACCAGCUCCAUCACAUCCAGUGCAUCAUGA